AUGGCAGCGGGCCUCAAGACUAUCAUCGCAUUGUCCUUCGUCCUCGCGAUAGGCUUCCUCCUCGUCAUCCUCUCCUCCGCUCUCUUUCACAGCUACCUGACCCUGCUCGUCGUAGCUACCUACAUAAUUGCACCCUUGCCGAACUGGAUAUGCGGAAGAUGUGCGAAUCCCGAUGAUUUCAUGGAAAGUGCUGGGAGCGCAGUGGUGGAUUUUGGAAGAUUUUGUACGGGGUUUUUGGUUGUGAUGGGUGUUGCUCUUCCGGCAUUCCUGGCCCACUGCGGUCUGAUCGCUGUUCCGGCUAUGGCCAUGUCGAUAAUUGGAGGACUGCUGAUCUACGGAACCAUCAUAAGCUUCACAAUGUUCUUCCAGGAGGAGCAGGAUUUCUAG